CUCAUAAGCAAGCAGCUGUAACGGUUCGUGUUUUCUGCAUUAAAGCAAGAAUAAAAACGAAUAAAUCGCUAAUAAAUAAUUGAACGAUAAGCAACACAUUAAAAGUGAAAAAAUCUAUAAUUUCGUUUUUAAAAAUUAUUGAAUUUGAAAGAAAACUUUUAUUAAUUAAACUCGAUUUGAUAGAAAGGUGUACAAAAGUGAUAAUUGAAAAAUGAAUUUAUCAUUUGCUGGUUGUGGAUUUCUGGGAAUUUACCAUGUCGGAGUUGCAGUUUCCUUCAAGAAAUACGCGCCACACUUGCUGCUGGAGAAGAUUUCAGGCGCUUCCGCGGGCUCCUUAGCAGCCUGUUGUCUGCUCUGCGAUUUGCCUUUAGGAAGCAUGACAUCGGAUUUUUUCCGGGUGGUCAACGAAGCACGCCGCUACUCGCUGGGACCAUUCAGUCCCUCGUUUAACAUACAAACCUCAUUGCUUGAGGGCCUACAGAAGCAUCUACCUGAGGAUGCCCACAAGCGUGUUAAUGGACGGCUUCAUAUAUCGUUGACACGCGUUUAUGAUGGCAAAAACGUCAUCAUAUCCGAGUUUGAGUCGCGUCAAGAAGUCUUGGAUGCACUGAUGUGCGCUUGUUUUAUACCUGGAUUUUCGGGAAUUUUGCCACCUCGUUUUCGUGGUGUGCGUUACAUGGACGGUGCCUUUUCAGACAAUUUGCCAAUUUUGGAUGAGAACACGAUUACAGUGAGUCCCUUUUGCGGCGAGAGUGAUAUUUGUCCACGCGACCAGAGCUCACAGUUAUUCCACAUUAACUGGGCCAACACAAGUGUAGAAAUCUCAAGGCAAAAUGCGAGCCGGUUCGUUCGCAUUUUCUUCCCGCCACGACCAGAGUUUCUCUCGAAAUUCUGCCAGCAGGGUUUCGAUGAUGCAUUGCAAUUCCUGCAUCGCAACAAUCUUAUCAAUUGCCGUCGUUGCAUCGCCGUUCAGUCCACGUAUGUUGUCUCGGAGACCGUCAACACCGACGAUUUUGAAGCCGAGUGUGACGAAUGCAAGAAACACAGAAACGAUGCCUUAGGAUCACCCUUACCGGAGACUGUGUUGAAUGUGAUACAAGAAUGCAUUGAGCAGGCUAACAAGGGUUUAGCCAAUUGGAUAUUCAAGCAUCGUGGCAUUAAAUUACUCUCAAUGCCAGCCACUGUGCCAAUGGACUUUCUUUUGGCGACAAUUAUGAAAAUCUCCACACUAACUCCAAAAGUGACGAAACAAAUGCGUCAGCUCAUCGAAGAAUUGCUUGUUCAACUCAACAACACCAUGCAACUGCGUUUGCUCGAUAAAUUUACACUUUACGAUCAGCCACAUUUUGAUGCAACUGGUCUGUUUAACUCCGAUCAUCUGUAUGGUACAAAAGUCUCACUUCUUAUCGAUCAAUGCGGGGCUAAACCUCUUAAAGGCGAUGUUAAGCAAGUCGCUAAGAUGACGCACAAUGAAGCACUCUAUGCAUAUUAUUACACAGACGAUAAUACGAAUAAAGUCAAAGUGACUGAGAUAUUUGAUUUUGAUGACAUUGCGAAUGAGGAGCAUCAGCCAAAUUCAUUACGCUCGAUUGAAGAUCAUUCGAGUGGGCAUCAGCAUUAUCACAAUGAGUGGAAUUGCAUCGAGUCUGACUUUUUCAUAGACGAACAAACGCCCAACGAACUGCAGCCUUCUGCAAACGAUCUUGAAUCCACACAAAACAAUUCAUCCAAGCUCAGUUAUGCUGAGGAUAAUCAACGCUUAAGUGAUGUGCGCAUAGAGAUUGAAUGAAAAGUGCUUUAGGAUUAUAUUAUUAUUAUAAUAUAAGGAUUUGAACUGAAACGACACCAAAGUGGCUUGUAGCCUUUAAUCUAACUAGAUUAUCGAUUAUGUACCUUACUUUAAGUUAAGUUAUAUUAAUUUGUAUAUCUAAAGUGACAAGUAUUUUUAAGUAGUAAAUAAAAAACAUCCGAUAA